AUGUCUCUCAACCAUACGAGCAGCAUAGCGACACAUAUCCCACAGUCUCUUCCGUCCUUUGCCCAGGCCUUCAGCUCGACGUCACUGGGAAAUAUAUCCCAGGGAAACAUAUCGUUGCCUCCCAUCCAGACACGACCACAUUCGAGCGAUCUUCGCGUCAAAACGCCGACGAUGACUGUUUCACGUCCAGGAAGCGAAGAGGCAUCGUCUUCACAGAGGGUGAGUAGGAAACGCGCACGAGUUGAGGAAUCGCCGCCGACGCAGGGAGAAAACGAGUCGGACAAUGAGACGACUCGCACGACCCGGGUCAAAGAGGAACCUGACCAAGACAUGCUCCAAUCCAGUCCAGAGCCAGCCCAGCCAGAACGGCUGCUGGAUAUCUCUGCUGCACCGGCGCCAUCGUCUGUCCACCUCAAUCCUUCAAAACGACGGCGGGUCACCGUGAGCGGCGCACCGCAACCUGGCGCCCUCAAUACAGACGUUCGUACCCCAGCAGAGCCGGCUGGCUCGACCCCUAUAUCGCCCGUCGUCAUUGGCUUCAGUAUGCCCAGCCAACGCGACAAUCCCAAUGCCGCCGAGCAGGUCCGGUCCAUGAUUUCCGUAAAGCAAAAGCAGAAGGCUCUCAUUGAGCAGCGCAGAGGUAGCGUAGCUGGCGUCGUCUCGCCUGGUCUGGCAGGCGUCCCUUCUGCCUCCGAUGAGCGGUCGACGCCAUCUAAGGCACCUCCGCCAUCUUCCCGACCCAUUCGUCUUAGCCCUAAUUCAGGGACGGGAUCACGUCGUCUUACCAACACUGCGGGCGGGAGCACUCAUCCCCCCAGUCCUGGCGCUAUCAUUAUUCCCACUCCUCAGCAAAUUGUACCAACUCAAGCCUCGUCAUCUAGCCUUAAUCCGCAUUCACUACCACCACCUCCUAUCAGCUUUGCGCGACGACGGGCUAAUCAACUAGGCGGUCAGGGGAAGAAAAAACCGGCUGAUAUUGUCAUCAGCCCCAGAGAGGCGUAUACGAAAGAGCAAUUAGCACUUUCCAUUCAAAGUGCGCCACCGAUACCACAUGCUGGCGGGCAACAGGGUUCUUUCUAUUCUGGAAGAGUUCCAAUGACAUUGCCGCGGUUGCCAUCCGUACUGGGCGGUGGUGAAAAUAUGAAAAGGGUGGUAACUGGUAAUGUUCCCCCCACUCCAACGCGACUGUCCUUGCAACGCAAUCCGUCAGGAUCCGGCCAAGUUACCCAUCCUAUUCCCGGAAUUUCAGGCAGAUCGCCGCCAAAUGCUUCCGUCGCUAUUUCUUCCACACUUGUCCCCCCUACACCCAGCUCUCUUCACCACCCUGGCUAUUCGGGUGGAAAGGCCGCUUUCUUGACACCCUUUGAGAUGUUUUACGAUGCGCUUAAUGAUUCGAAGCAGCUGAAGACUUGGCUGGGCGAGCAGCUUCAGAAAUCACAGGCCCUUGUGCAGAAUCUAAAUCAGCAACAAGAUCGGCUCCAUGAGCUCGUGGAAAGUCUUGUCGAUAAAAGGAUGAGCGGCAUGAGAGCGGAGAUGGCGGGUAUGCAGCGGCGAAUAGACGAAUUGGAGGAUGCCCUUAGGAUACCCAAUGGCGGUCGCCGUCCGAGCAUCGAGAUGCCCGGUACCCACAAGACGAAGGAGAAACAGAUGGCCAGGAAUGGUCUUAUACCUACUGGUCCCAUGGCUUCAGAGUCGUACACGUUUCCUCCAGUCGCACCCUCUGACCGAGAUCGUUUGAUGUCUGAACAUGACAGACGGAUAUCGUCUCCCGGAUGGACACACGACAGAGACAGGGAUUGUCAAAGCGGACGAGAAUCGGACAACGGUUCCCCGGGUCCUUUCCGUUCCAGGCGUCUUUCGAUAUCUGCUAGCCGUCUAGAUCCCAUACCGCGCGGUGACGGCCCUUCUCAGCCUCGCAGCCUUAAUGUGCAGUCACCUCCGACCUCGCAUCGUGAAAGCACUCAUCAUGUGUCGGGAAAGAUGAUCCGUCGUCCAGGACUUCAUCGGCAGCAAUCGAGUCCUCGAUUGUCUGACCGCGAGCGGCGCGCGUCCUCUCCGCCGCUACCGCUUCGUCGGGAAGACGGUCGGCCAAGUAUUAUCUUAUCGCCGCGCGAAAGCGCAGCGACAAGUGAACGCGAUGGUUAA